CUGCAGCUGUAAUAAGAGAGUAAAAGUGAUCACGUAUUUUCUACCGUUAUGAGCACGCAAUAUAAAGUAAAGAAACCAAAGGUGAAUGGAUAAUUAAGGUCAAGAAAAAAAAUCAAAGAGGACGAGGGUCACACAAAUUGACGGAGGUCAGAUGAUGAUAAUUACUCUCACCUGAAAUUGACAAGGCUGAUCUAUAUAUUUAGACGUAAUAUCUAUCAAAUCUCUGAACAAAUUUGGAGGAAGCACGCAAAUUUGACUCGACAAGCUCACUCUGUUGGUGCUUUCCGAUGAGCCUGCAUUUCAGUGGUGUCAAGUUUUGACAGGGGAACCAUAACGUUUUAUCAGAGGGUCUACUGCUGUUAUCCGAUAUGAGAGCCACUUGUUAAAGUUAGGGCUGUACAUAUAUUUUUAAAGUGUAUCCAUCGAAAAUCCGUUCAAUGAAAUAGUGGUAAAGGAGUUGAAAAAAAAUGUAUGCUUUUGAAAUGGGUGAUCCUUGGAAGGUUUUGAAAACAUUCAGCAUAUUAUUGUUUGUUUUAUCAUCGUUUACAUCACCGAUAUAUUCAGCUAGCGUCCGGGUGCAGUCUAGCACCCAUGUUGUGCGUACCCAUUCGACUCACGUCGUUUCGGGAACGGGAACAACCGGGAAUAUUGAAGUCGGGAAUACGGGAAAAAGUGGUCAGGAUGGUAAUGUCAUUUCGGGACAAACUUAUGAAGUAUCUGUUUCGAGAACGUCGGUCGGGACUAGUGGAAACGUAGAGAUACAUACUUCGGGAACAAGCGGGAAUACCGAGGAUACGGUUAGCACAUUGUUUCGAUAUGAACUGAUUGAUUUAGCGGGAAUAGUACGAGGCGUCCACAAUCCUGGUCGGAAGUUUCACAGAACCGUCGGGAGGAAAAUAUCACACAUGGCUUUUCUAGAAAAGUACGGAUACCUUAUUCCAAGGGGUUUGGCACAUACCUGGAGGGCUGAAAGGAAUGCACUUACUACUUUUCAGAAAUUUGUCGGAAUCAACCAAACUGGUGAGAUGGAUGACACCACACAAAUGAUAAUGGACUCCAGUCGAUGCGGGGUCGAGGACAUGCUGGGGUCAUCGCGCAUGGGCAGUAUGAAUAAACUUCAGACCAAUAGCACAAGCAAGUUUAUCCACGUGCUCGAGAACGAAGCAGUUGGCGAUGUCGAUCAGGGUAUUACGCAUCAACAUGUGGUUGUAAAGGGAUGGCGUUCAUUCAGACAUCGAUUUAGGAGAUACAGUAUUCAAGGUUCUGAAUGGAAGAAGACCAACAUCACCUACCACUUCAAGAACUUCAGUCCAGAUCUCACCGAGGCCCAGAUCCGUGAUGCCGUGGGACGAGCCUUCCAGAUCUGGGCUGAUGUGACCCCACUGACCUUCAGUGAAACAAUGGAUCCCAGUGCCGCCAACAUCAUCAUCAGGUUCGCAACGGGUCUCCACGGUGAUGGCGCUCUCGCUGCUUUCGAUGGGCCAGGGGGUACCCUCGCUCACGCCUUCUUCCCGGAGAACGGCGACCUCCACUUCGACGAUGAUGAGACAUUCAGCGUGGGCACCGAGCAGGAUACAAACCUCUUUGUCGUAGCGGCCCAUGAGAUCGGUCACAGUCUCGGAUUGGAACAUUCCAGUGACAUGGGGGCAUUGAUGUACCCCUGGUAUCUAGGAUACCAAUCUGAUUAUACCCUCUCUCAGGAUGAUAUCGAUGGUAUUCAACAGAUUUAUGGUAAACCCUCUUUAAAGCGAGAUGAGAUGGAAUUGGAUGCCGCUCCCACUAACCCGCCGAACCCCAAUCUUCCCGAUGCAUGCAACUCAACGUGGGAUGCUGCAACGUAUUACCCUCCAGACGAUGUUGUGUAUGCUUUUAAGGGUCGAUAUCUGUGGGCGAUCGCUGAUAAUGGCAUACUCCCUGGCUACCCAAAGAAAACCAAACUGGUAUUUAAAGAAGCGCCAUCUCUUGUUCAUGCCGUGCUCUCUAUUGGAAAUCGAUUGUACAUGUUUAGAGGUCGCAAAAUGUGGCGGUUCGUGGACAAGCAACUCGACGCGGGAUUUCCGAAACGCACUCCCGCGGGACUACCAUCGGGUCCCAAUGCGGGAUUCCGAUGGGGCGGGAACGGGAAACUAUACCUCUUCAAAGGGUACCGAUUCUACGAGUUUGACGAGUCGACACUCACUGUGGGCCCUCCCCAAACUAUCCGGCGACAGUGGCCCGAUGUUCCCGUUAAAAUAGACGCGGCAUUUCAAUGGAAGAACGGACGCACGUACUUUUUCAAGGGAGAUGAUUUUUGGCGGUACAAUGAUUCCAAGAUGAAAGUGUCGAACGGAUACCCGGCUUCCAAGGCAAAGUAUUGGCUGGGAUGUGAGAGCCAACCAAUGUGAAUGCAUCCAUUUACCUUACUCAGACUCUUUACAAACUAAUAUUCGAUACUCCCAUUUAUUUUAAAAAAAUGUAUGAAUACGACUUGCCGCCUUUUGAAUCUCACAACGGCUUACCCGCGAUUACCAAUCGUUAUGUCAGUGAUGAAGAAAUCGAAGAAUAGACAACCUGAGUGGGAAUCCCGCAGUCUUUCAACAAAAGCCAAUUCAAAAUCGAGCGAUGGUAUGCUAUUGAUAAUACAGUAAUAGUUUUGAUCUGGAGUCGGUUUCGUUGUCGUGACUGCGGGUUUUGGCUUCCACGACACGACGGACUCAAGAACGUCCCCCAUGACAAAGAUAAACCAAGAAGUCUUUGUCGACAAUAUUGGUGAAUCAAAACAACAGUUUCAACCUGGACUCGACCUGGCAUAUUCGCAAUUUUUCGUCAGCUCCGAAAUUUAGGACGAAACUGGUUUUCCGUUUCACUAAUUUUAGUCAAAGACCUCCCUGCUGUUCUUUGUCAUUUUGACGGGCAUUUUCAAAAGAUUUACUGUGUUCUCGAAUCAAUCCCUGUUGCAGUCACGAAAACUCUUUAUUGUAGUGGGUGUCAUCAGCUACAAGAAUUCAAUAAGAGUCUUAUAGAACGUAUAUGUUUGGUUUUAAAAUGGUAUUAUAUAUAAUCACCAUCUUUGAUAAUAAAAUAUUUAUAAAGUUUCACUAAUAGAGAUAUUACCGUUUGCUAUUCAUUAUUCUUUUGUCUGUCCACAAAUGCGUGUAUGAUAAUGGAAAUACUGAUGACUCUUAGAAAUAAAUAAAUCAAGUGUAUAAAAGGGACUACCCCAACAAUGAAAUAUUGAAUUUUCGGAUUUCAAUAUUUUAUCAUUUUUGUUUUGCCUGCAUAGCAGAGCGAAACUAUAUAUAUUGGCGCCGCUUUUCCGACGGCGGCGGCGGCGUCGUCAACAUUGAAAUCUUAACCAAGGUUAAGUUUUUUAAAUGUCAUCAUAACUUAGAAAGUAUUUAGACCUAGUUCACGAAACUUGAACAUAAGAGUAAUCUAGUAAUACUGAACAUCCUGCCUGAGUUUAAGGUCACAUGACUAAGGUCAAAGGUCAUUUAGGGUCAAUGAACUUAGACCAUGUUGGGGGUAUUUGUGGAAUUGUCAUCAUAUAACCUUGAAAUUUUAUGGAUCUAGUUCAUGAAACUUAGACAUGAGAGCAAUUACGUAUCCCUGAAGAUCCUGUGCGAGUUUCAGGUCACAUGACCAAUGCCAAAUGUCAUUUAAGGUCAACGAACUUUGAUAAUGUUGAGAUUUUGUGAAAUUGUCUUAAAAAGUUUAUGGAUCUACACAUGUAGUUCAUGAAACAUCGACAUAAUGUUAUGUAGUAUGUAUUCAUCUUCCUGUUAUCCUUUCAGCCAUUCACCUUCACUUGUUUACAAACUCCCCCAAUGUCAAUGUCAAAGAAUUCUCAAACCCCCAAUACCAUUUAACUCCUAAACCUUGACCAUAAAAAUACCAACCCUCAGUGACGUCAGCUAACUUCAAGGAACAAAAGUUCUAAGAAGUAUGACUCACACUUCCAGCCCCAGUCACUUGCACAGAGCAUCACCACACCCCUUAUACCAGAGAAAGUUUGAUAGACAGUUACCUGUAGACCAAUCAGAUCAAGUUUAGAUCAAUCCCACCUUAAAUUGUUACACCCCCAAAACUAAUGAUAUAAAUAAGACUUCUUGAUCAUUGGAGAUAGAGAAUACCAACGAUAGAAUACUAGACCCACACUAAUCCUGAUUGACUGACUUCAAGACUUAGAUGUCCAUCCAGUAUUAAUUUAACUUCACUUCGAAUCUCAACCUGAUACUUCUAAAUUAUUUUAUAUUCAUCGUCUCCUGAUAUACUCUGAAUCUUCAUGUACUUCGAACUAUAGCUGAAUGUUGAUUAAGUACCUAGUGAUUUGAACUGUAUAACUUUCUCCAAAGUUUCCUUAUUACGCUUUCCUUCAAUUAUCACCGAUCCCAUCUCAACAUAACAAUAAGGGUAAUUAAGUAUAAAUUAUUGUUUUGCACACGUCUUAGGUCACAUGAUCAUGGUCAAAAGUAAUUUUGGGUCAAUGGACAAAGUAUUUUAUUAUCAUAUAAGUGUUUACUUUUGUGAAUAAUUAUUUAGUAGCUGUUUUUAAACUCAGCAAUGCUGCUAUAUCGAAUCGCGUAUAUGCAAGCGAGACUGCCAGAGGCGUUCCACUUGUUAAUAAGACUACACUCUUGAUAUUAUGACAUAAAUAACUUAGUUCAAUUAAGUUGAACUAUUAGGUUCGUUAUUUUUGUUUUGUUUAAAUAUAUCAUGAUAAUUGUUUGAACGUAUUCAAUGGUGCGCUUAUCGAAAUUAUUUUCGUUAUAAUAUGUGUUGAUGUAAAAGGAGCGCACUCCCAAUUUCACCGGCUAGACUGAAUAUAAUAAAGUUUGAGUUUUUGUAUUGUUUGUUUGUUCUCCUCAUGGAGGUGUCGUACAUGGUCGUGUGGUCUAAGGCGCUUUCCUAGACACAUGGAAACCAUGGGUUCGAUCCUCGACCACAGCCCAUAUAUGUAAUUAGUGCUCUUAUACAUGAUCCGUAUAUCAUUAUAUUCAAAUAAAUCAAAACGCUAUGGGUAUUACUGGUAUCAAUGUGUGCACCUGCC